GCGCGCGUGCUACUUCCUGCAAGUUAGCCGGACGUGGCUAGCAGGAGAAGCUAACUGUUUACCAGUUUGUGUGUCUGGGGUUCGUUUGAGUUAUUCAUGACGGCGCUCCGUGAUUGGCGGAGUCAGCGGGAGAGGCGGGGCUAGAGAGGGUCCGUGGACACACACACACACACACACACGCCAACAGGUCUAUUUAUGUCACACACACUCUGAGAGAGGAGAAGUGGACUGUUCAGCAGACAGAGUGUGAAGAUGAUCAGGAUGUCGUUGGACAAAGAGGCGGUUAGCCCCGCCUUCCCGGCCUCCGUCGGCCUAUCAGAGCAGACCAAGUCCCGCCCCCUGCGUCAGAAGAACGGCCUUCCGUUGCCCGGCGACAGCCAGGCGGCCGCGGCCAAUCAGCGAAUCGCCAAGCGGCGCUACUCCACAGGCGCCGGCCUGAAGGGGGCGGCCAAGCGCCGUCGCCGCGCCAACAGCGACAGCCAAUCGGAGCCCGUGCUGCCGAGCCACUUCCUGUUGGGCGGGAACAUCUUCGACCCGCUGAACCUCAACUCCCUAUUGGACGAAGACGUCAACAGGGCGACCAAUCAGGAGACUCCGAAGUGCUCGCCCCUGCCGGCGCGGGGCGGAGACCCCGUGGAGAUCCUGGUACCCCGUGACAUCACCGACCCCCUGAAUCUGAAGGGUGGGGGGCGGGACGGAGAGGGGGGGGCCAAGGUCCUGCUGUCCCCCCUGAAGUCCAGACGAAGACACAGGAACCGGCACCAUGGGGGGCAGGGGGGGGCGGAGAAGGGGGCGGAGCCAGCCAGACUGUUUCCUGUCACAGCCCCACCCACAGUACCAGUGUUGACCACAGAGGGCUCUGCUGUCUCCCCCCUCCCCUGUGUUACUGUCUCUUUAAGAGUGUAAUGUGUUACUGUCUCUUUAAGAGUGUAAUGUGUGUUACUGUCUCUUUAA